UGGUCUUUCACAUUUCUUAGGUGGUGGUUUUUCGGAUUUUUUUGGUGAUAGUCUUUUAUAUUUCUUCGGUAGUGAUCUUGUAUAUUUCUUCAGUAGUAGUUUUGUAUGUUUCUUUGAUUGGAUAUA